AGGCUAUGUCAAGUGAUCUGUUUUCGUUCCGUGUGUUCAUUGCCGUUCGUCGAGCGUGGCAUUUUAUCCAUUUAGUCUCUUCUUAGCGCUAUCUUCAGCGGAUUUUUGUUUUAUUGGGGCUAUGAGUCGGGCACAAAACAGCCAUGUGGACGGACAUUUGGAUGAUACAAUGAGAAGGCAGAGAUUCUUAUCACAAGAAUACUUAAGCCACCAGAAACAAGAGACCAAGAAAAAACACGAUGUCUUUACCACGCUACAAGAAACGCUCGAGGUCCUUAGAGACGACGCAGAGACGUCAAGAGAUCAAUUCAAACGCGACGACAUGUGGUGCAGACCUUUUGAAAUCCCAGAGCAUCCGAUCGAGCAAUUGGAACUCAAAAAGGAAGAAAUCAAUCUGGAAAGACAACAUUCUAAAAUAAUGCGAGGGAAUUCGGUGUCUGGACCCCAGCUAGCCGGCGAAAGAAGCCCGUCUUCCACGGAAAGCUUGUUGGGAUAUGGAGGAAGCUUGGACAGCAUGCCCUACUUCCACAGGGUCUCUAUCUCAGGUGGAAAUACAAGUGGGGUUCCUGUAGAGGAAUUAAAGCAAGCCGCCAAGCUCCUGGUAGAAGCACUCUUCAUUCGCUUCAAAUACAUGUCACUCAGCCUUCAGAGCAUCUGUAGUGCAACCUCAACAGCUCUCAGCACAGUCCAUGAUGAUUACAAACUUGAGAAAUUCUAUGGCGAUAGGGGAAUGCAUGUGCCAGAUGAACCAGAAAACACACACAUCACAGACUUUUCAAAAGAGUCUCCAUUUGACUGUGAGGUUCAGGGAGAUUGUGGCUAUGCGGUGGAGAUGAUUGAUGGUGUCAUUCAAGUGAUCUCAUGCAGGCGAGAUCACAAGAACCGACCUAGUAACUGCACUGUGCACCCUUUUCCUGAUUUACAAGAGUUCUUUGAGGAUCAGAAUAUUCUUCUAGCUUUGUCUACCCAUGGGCCAAUCAAAUCAUUCGCCUACCGCAGAUUGAAGUACUUGGAAUCUCGCUACUCUCUUCACACUCUUUUGAAUGAAAUGAAGGAACUAGCGGCAAUGAAAGAAGUGCCUCAUAGAGAUUUCUAUAAUGUUAGAAAGGUUGACACUCACGUCCACGCAGCAUCCUGCAUGAACCAGAAACAUCUCCUUCGUUUCAUUAAGAAGAAAGUGAAGUGCGAAGGAGAUGAACCGGUGAUAAUGCAUGAUGGAAAAGAAGCAACACUGCGUGAGGUGUUUGCCAUGUUGAAUCUCACUCCCUAUGAUCUUAGUGUUGACACCUUGGACGUACAUGCCGAUAGGAACACUUUUCACCGUUUUGACAAGUUCAAUUCCAAGUACAACCCAGUUGGUGAAAGCAGGCUUCGAGAGAUCUUCCUAAAGACAGACAACUACAUAGAUGGCAGAUACUUUGCACAGCUAAUGAAGGAAGUGAUGGUGGACUUAGAGGAGAGCAAGUACCAGAAUGCAGAGCCGCGCAUCUCUAUCUACGGCCGGUCCAUAAAUGAGUGGGACGCAUUGGCUAAAUGGGCAGUUAACCAUGAUGUUUUCUCCGAGAAUGUACGCUGGGUCAUCCAAAUACCAAGGCUAUUUGAUGUGUACCGUGCAAAGGGGCUGGUAAAGAACUUCCAGGAGAUGCUAGAGAAUUUGUUCAUGCCUCUUUUUGAAGCAACCAUCAAUCCACAGUCCCACCCCGAACUUCACAAGUUUCUCACACAGGUGAUAGGCUUUGACAGUGUUGACGACGAGAGCAAGACUGAGAAAUCCCUUUUCACUGAGACCAGCCCGCUCCCUGCCAACUGGACAUCACAGGAUAACCCCCCUUAUGCAUACUAUCUAUACUACAUGUACUCCAACAUGGUGGUGCUCAACCACCUCAGAAGGGAGCGUGGGUUCAACACCCUAAGGUUACGCCCCCAUUGUGGGGAGGCUGGUCCAGCGCAUCACCUGGUGACAGCUUUUAUGCUUGCGGAGAACAUCUCCCAUGGUCUCCUGCUGAGAAAGGUCCCGGCUCUUCAGUACCUAUACUACCUGGCACAAAUAGGCAUCGCCAUGUCUCCUCUUAGCAACAACUCGCUCUUCCUCAACUACCAGCGCAAUCCGCUGCCCGAGUUCUUGGCGCGUGGGCUUCAGGUGUCCUUAUCCACGGAUGAUCCACUUAUGUUCCACUUCACUAAGGAGCCGCUGAUGGAGGAGUACAGUAUCGCGGCGCAGGUGUGGAAACUGAGCCCAUGUGAUAUGGCGGAAUUGGCUCGCAACAGUGUGCUCAUGAGCGGCUUUGAAGAGGAGGUGAAGCGCCAGUGGAUAGGAUGCGAUAAGUUGGAAGGUAGCAAUGACAUCACUAAGACCAACGUACCCAACAUCCGCGUUUGCUUCCGACAAGAGACCCUACUACAAGAGCUGGAGACCAUUUGCGAGGGCGCACGUGAUCCAAUCAACACUUGAACAACAAGUAGUGAUCACGCGGACAGCACGCGGAGGAGAGCGUGGUCAAUGCGUGUGGAAUGACGGACACGGGUACAGCUCGUUGAAUCACGUGAAUUGCACGUGGAGGUCCGCCUACGAGGCGGGAUCAAGCACGUGUAAUUAAGAUUAUUUGCCGCAAUUAUAAUAACGAACAAAAUACUGGAUUGAAUUGGAUUAAUAUAUGUUUUUUAUUGACACAAAAGCCAGAAGAAUUUCCAAAAUAGAGUAUGCUAUAGUGUAGCAUAUUUAAGAAAAAAAAACAAGGAAAAAAAUGUCUGGGAAGGCUAGAAAUUGAUAGUAAAAGUACUCUGAAGUCGAACAGGUCCGUAAUGCAAGCGGCGUCUAUAUGGCUUAAGUCCUAUUAAGUUAGUGAGGUCCUUUUAUUUAGUUAUUGUUUAGAUAAUCUAACAAAACGUUCUUUCUAAUAUGUCUUAUUCGUUUAGCAUACGGUAUGAUUAUAUCUAUUUUCUUCGUAAUGUAAAGUUCAAACUUUUCAAAUUAAAUGAUCUAUGUGACAACCGA